AUGCAGCGGCUGGGUGUCAACGCGUUCACGCGAAAGGCGGCUAAUAUGGUGAAACCGAGGUGCAUCAUCACAGCCCGAGGCGAUGGCUAUCGCAUGGAGUCCGUCAGCGAAUUCAAGACGACUGGGUUCGAUUUCCGGUUGGAUGAGCCCUUUAUGGAGAAGACACCUGAUGGCCGGAGGGUGAAGUCGACAAUCACGUUGGCAGGAGAUGUGCUGAAUCAGGUGCAGGCCGGCGAGAAGACCACUCAUAUUGACCGCAUCAUUAAUGGCGACGCGCUGGAGACGGUAAGUAUUCUUUUACUGCUGGCUGACGAUCGUUCACUAACCUCUAACGAAACUCACUUGUCCUAUCGCAGGGGUUUAAGUAGGUUAAACCCUAGCAACUGCGAUCUUCAGACUAUGGUUACUUAG